CCCCCUCGAGCGGCCCCGUGCGCAGACGGCGCGCCGCCGGGCCCGAGGAAGCCUCCCGAGAGGAAGCCCCGCGGCCAGCUCUCCACGGGUGGCCCGGCGGCGGCCUCCUCGCCGCCUGCUGCCCUCCCCGCGGCACAGCAGCGAGAGGCCGCACGCGCGCGCGACGGGUACGGGCGAUGCCCCGAGCCGCGGAGCGCGCGAGCUCCGAGACGGGCGUGGCCCGCCGCGGACCCGGGGAAGGCCUGGCCGCGCCAGGCACAGAGAGAGGAGGAGGAGGAGGAGGAGGAGGAGGAGGAAGGAGCAGGAGGAGGAGGAGGAGGAGGGAAAAAGAGAGACCGCCACGCCGACGGACGGCCAGUUCCUGGCGUUGCCCCGCUGUCUGGCCCUGGGCCCGCCGCACCUCCGUCGACUUUCCGACCGAGGAGCGCGUCGGGGAUGCACCCGAGGCCAUGCGAAGAAGCAAGGCGGAAAAGAAACGCAGGGCGGAUAGUUCCGCAAAAGCAUGGCGGAAACGGCGAGGGCAACGUAGGGUGGAGAUCGGCAUCAAAGGAGAUCGAAAAAAAGGGCGGGCGUUUUCGCCCCACCAGCGAAGUCGCCCAGAGCGCGGCGGAUCCGGAGUCAGGAAAGCGCCACGCUUGGCCGCGCGCACAGGGGGGUAUGGGAGCGCAGCACUGAGCACUGCGCAAGCGCUCGUCCCGCGGGGCCAGGCCGACGAGGCGGUGGCACCGCGGCGCCGAGAAACACAAGAUUACAUGCUGGGGAGCGGGAGAAAGGGGAAGAGCCAGCGGGCCGAGUCUAAAAGAAACGGCAUAAACACAAGCUGUCGGCGCUCCGCGCGGAUUUCUUGGAUCCGCGCCGGACCCCCUCU